GGACGUCUGGAAGACUAAAAUCAUCAUGAUGUUUCGGAACUAUGGCGGACGCCUUUGGAGAUGAGCUUUUCAGCGUGUUUGAGGAGGACCAAGGAGGUUCCAGCAAACGAAAGAACGUUUCCUUAGGACCAUCGUCGGGGAAAGCAGCCCAUGGGAAGGAUCUGGCUGAAAAGGGUUCCACCUCGCAGGCCAAGCGGGAAUUUGAAAAUGACGGCGAUGAGGUCAUUUUUGGGAAAAAGCCUAAGAUUGACACCAUGUCUGCUGAUGAUAUAAACCUUGCAGACCUCAUGCCUAAAGUGAAGGUGGAACAGGUGGAGACGGUGGAAGGUUGCACACAUGAGGUGGCCCUUCCAGCUGAUGAUGACUAUACAUCACUCAAGCCCAGAGUUGGCAAAGCAGCUAAGGAGUACCCCUUCAUCCUGGACCCCUUCCAGCGUGAGGCUAUUCUGUGCAUCGACAAUAACCAGUCUGUUCUUGUGUCUGCCCAUACCUCUGCCGGGAAGACUGUAUGUGCAGAGUAUGCCAUUGCCCUGGCGCUGAGGGAGAAACAGCGAGUAAUCUUCACCAGUCCCAUCAAAGCCCUGAGCAACCAGAAAUACCGGGAGAUGUACGAGGAGUUCCAGGAUGUCGGCCUGAUGACGGGCGACGUCACCAUCAAUCCCACAGCCUCCUGCUUGGUCAUGACCACCGAGAUUUUAAGGAGCAUGCUGUACAGGGGCUCCGAGGUGAUGAGAGAGGUGGCCUGGGUUGUCUUCGAUGAGAUCCACUACAUGAGGGAUGCAGAGCGCGGUGUGGUCUGGGAGGAGACCAUCAUCCUGCUUCCUGACAAUGUGCACUACGUCUUCCUGUCGGCCACCAUCCCCAAUGCGCGGCAGUUCGCCGAGUGGAUUUGCCACCUUCACAAGCAGCCAUGCCAUGUAGUUUACACAGAUUACCGCCCAACUCCCCUGCAGCACUACGUCUUUCCAGCAGGUGGCGAUGGACUUCAUCUUGUGGUGGAUGAAAACGGGGAGUUCAGAGAGGACAACUUCAACACGGCCAUGCAGGUGCUGAGGGAUGCUGGCGAUUCCGGCAGCAGCAGUGGUGCCAAGUGGGACCCCAAGGGCCGCAAAGGAGGGACUAAAGGCCCUUCCAACGUCUUCAAGAUCGUCAAGAUGAUCAUGGAAAGGAACUUUCAGCCAGUCAUCAUCUUCAGCUUCAGUAAGAAGGAGUGUGAAGCCUACGCCAUACAGGUGGCCAAGCUGGACUUCAACACAGAUGAAGAGAAGAAGCUUGUGGAGGAAGUCUUCAAUAAUGCCAUCGACUGCCUGUCAGACGAAGACAAGAAGCUCCCGCAGGUGGAGCACGUCCUCCCACUCUUGAAAAGAGGCAUCGGGAUUCAUCACGGAGGGCUUCUCCCCAUCCUCAAGGAGACCAUCGAGAUCCUUUUCUCAGAAGGCCUGCUCAAGGCCUUGUUUGCAACCGAGACUUUUGCUAUGGGAAUUAAUAUGCCAGCACGCACUGUAUUGUUUACCAAUGCCCGGAAAUUUGAUGGGAAGGACUUUCGCUGGAUUACCUCUGGUGAGUACAUUCAGAUGUCUGGCCGUGCUGGGAGGAGAGGCAUGGAUGAGAGGGGCAUAGUGAUCUUCAUGGUGGACGAGAAGAUGAGCCCCACGGUCGGAAAGCAGCUUCUCAAGGGCUCUGCAGACCCCCUGAACAGCGCUUUCCACCUCACCUACAACAUGGUCUUGAAUCUUCUGCGUGUGGAGGAGAUCAACCCAGAGUACAUGCUGGAGAAGUCCUUUUACCAGUUCCAGCACUACAAGGCUGUGCCAGGAGUCAUUGAGAAAAUGAAGAAACUGGAGGAGCAGUAUAAUGCCAUAGAAAUCCCCAAUGAGGAGAGCGUGGUGACGUACUACAAAAUCCGACAACAGCUUGCCAAGCUGGGGAAGGAGAUGGAGGAUUACAUCCACAAACCCAAGUACUGCCUGCCUUUUCUGCAGCCAGGACGACUGGUGAAGGUAAAAAAUGAAGAAGAUGACUUUGGAUGGGGCGUUGUGGUUAAUUUCUCCAAGAAAUCAAACGUGAAGGCGAACACCGGCGAGCUGGACCCUCUGUACGUGGUGGAGGUGCUGCUUCUCUGCAGCAAGGAGAGUGUGAAGAAUGCCGCUACAGAGGCAGCCAGGCCCUGCAAGUCCGGGGACAAGGGCGAGAUGCAGGUGGUUCCAGUCAUGCUGCACUUGCUCACCGCCAUCAGCUCUGUUCGUCUCUACAUCCCCAAAGACCUUCGGCCGUUUGACAACAGGCAAAGUAUGCUGAAGUCAAUCCAGGAGGUCCAGAAGCGCUUCCCAGACAGCAUUCCCCUCCUGGAUCCUAUCGACGACAUGGGCAUCAAAGACCAGGGACUCAAGAAAAUCAUACAGAAGGUGGAGGCCUUUGAGCUCAGGAUGUACUCUCAUUCUUUGCACAAUGACCCCAACCUGGAGGCUGUCUAUAAACUCUGUGAAAAGAAGGCACAGAUCGCGGGCGACAUCAAGGCCGCCAAGCGGGAGCUGAAGCGGGCGCGCACCGUGCUGCAGAUGGACGAGCUGAAGUGCAGGAAACGCGUGCUGCGGCGCCUGGGCUUCUCCACUUCCUCUGACGUCAUCGAGAUGAAGGGCCGCGUGGCUUGUGAGAUCAGCAGUGCAGAUGAACUCCUGCUGACAGAGAUGGUGUUCAAUGGCCUUUUCAAUGACCUGACCUCGGAGCAAGCCACUGCACUGCUCAGCUGCUUUGUGUUCCAGGAAAAUGCGAGUGAAAUGCCGAAACUGACCGAGCAGUUAGCUGGGCCCUUGCGGCAGAUGCAGGAAUGCGCCAAGCGAAUCGCCAAAGUGUCCGCAGAAGCCAAGCUGGAGGUGGAUGAGGAAAGCUACCUGAACUCCUUCCGCCCUCACCUGAUGGAUGUAGUAUACACCUGGGCCAAUGGCUCCACAUUUUCACAGAUUUGCAAGAUGACUGACGUGUUUGAAGGGAGCAUCAUCCGCUGCAUGCGGCGUUUAGAGGAGCUGCUGAGGCAGAUGUGUCAGGCCGCCAAGGCCAUCGGGAACACCGAGCUGGAGAACAAGUUUGCAGAAGGCAUUACGAAAAUCAAGAGGGACAUUGUCUUUGCUGCAAGUCUGUAUCUGUAAUUUUGUAACAUUGUGAACAUGUGCACAGAAAUUAAUCACAGCCCAUAUUUCAUCAGAAUGUCUAUUUGACGCUGGAGGACAUGUUAUGUUGAAUACUUUUAUUUGUGUUAAUGCCCCCCCCCCCCCCCAAAAAUGUACAUUUUUACUUAAAAUUUUAAUAAAAAAAAUCUGUAGUG